AUGACACCCGAGAUCGAGGAACUCAUUGCAGCUGGAGUGAAAAUCCUUGUCGACACCGUCUGCAGUCACGUAAUGAACCGCCAGUUCUUAACGAAACUCAAUCGUACCAUCAUAGGUGAAGAGAGAGUAAACGAACCCUGGCACUAUUUAGGCGAGAAUCCAACUGUAGCCGGUUUUCAAAUCAAAUAUCAAGGAGGGCUCGACUUCCUCACGAUACGCGGUAGCGGUCAUUUUGUGCCAGGUGACAAACCACGAGAAGCACUGCAAAUGAUCUAUAAUUUUGUGUAUGGUCAUGAAUACUCGAUACCGGCACCGUUCUAG